AUGUCGAACCGUCGUUCAUCGUUUUCUUCCUCAACGACGUCGUCUUUGGCAAAACGCCUCUCUGGUAUUUUUUCCACUUCUGUACCUUGUGCUACUAAAGUUGCUAAGACGAAGAAAGAGGCUUCAUCAUGUAACACUACUACAACUUGUUCUUCAAUUUCAAGCAACAAGAUACCGAUUUUGCAGAGUGCUGUAAAGUGCAAUGCUGUUGUUUUUCCGAAGCCUAGUUAUGUCUCUGCAAGGGAAGAAGGUGAUGCUAAGAAAGUUGUUGUUGCUGUUGCUGCUGCUGCCCCUGUUAGUGUUCAUAUCUCAAAAAUGGAUAUUUCUCCUUGUAAAUCAGAUGGGGCAUCUGUUUCCAUGUCUGUGGAUGAGACCAUGUCUUCUUGUGAAUCUUUCAAGAGCCCUGACAUUGAGUAUUUGGACAACAAUGAUAUCGCGCCGGCCGUUGACUCAAUUCAGAGGAAGACAUUCAGCACCCUCAACAUUUCUGAUACUCCAGAGCCACCAGCAGGGAACAUAUGCAGUAGAGACAUACUUGUUGAGUUGGAGAAAGAUGACAAAGUUGUGAAUGUUGAUAACAACUUCAUGGAUCCCCAGCUUUGUGCAACAUUUGCUUGUGAUAUAUACAAGCACCUGCGUGCAUCUGAGGCAAAGAAAAGACCUUCCACGGACUUCAUGGAGAGUGUUCAGAAGGACAUAAAUCCAAGCAUGCGUGCUAUAUUGAUUGAUUGGCUUGUUGAGGUAGCCGAAGAGUAUCGAUUGGUACCUGAUACAUUGUAUUUGACAGUGAACUACAUAGAUAGGUAUCUUUCAGGGAAUCCAAUGAACAGGCAAAAAUUACAAUUACUUGGUGUUGCUUCCAUGAUGGUUGCCUCUAAAUAUGAGGAGAUUUGUGCACCCCAGGUAGAGGAAUUUUGUUACAUCACCGACAACACAUACUUCAAAGAAGAGGUUUUGCAAAUGGAAUCUGCUGUCUUGAAUUAUCUGAAGUUUGAAAUGACAGCUCCAACAAUUAAGUGUUUCUUAAGACGGUUCGUUCGUGCAGCUCAAGGAGUCAGUGAGACCCCUUCGUUGCAACUAGAGUGCUUGACAAACUACAUUGCCGAAUUGUCUUUGUUGGAGUACAGUAUGCUUUGUUAUGCUCCGUCACUAAUAGCUGCUUCUGCAAUUUUUCUAGCCAAGUUUAUACUCUCCCCCUCAACCAAACCAUGGAAUGCUACAUUGAAGCACUAUACACAAUACCAGCCUUCUGAUUUGUGUAGUUGUGUAAGGGAUCUCCAUCGACUUUGUUGCAACAAUCCUAACUCCAAUUUGCCUGCAAUUAGGGAAAAGUAUAGUCAGCACAAGUACAAAAAUGUGGCCAAGAAGUGUUGCCCUUCCUCAAUACCUUCAGAAUAUUUUCAGAAUUGAGGAAAAAUACAGUUGAAUUGCCGUUACUCAAGAGAGAAGGCCAUUCUUCUCUUAUCAUUGUAUAUGUAGUUACCAUUUUUCCCACCUUGAUUAGAAGAGUUCUUGUUGUAUCUGCUUUUCAUUUGAUGUGGCAUGCUCUGUGGGGGUUCGGCCAUAAAUUGACAAAAAAAAUCAAGCUUCAAAGAAUCUACUUGAAUCAUUGGCUACUACUGCAUCUCCAUCAUUUUUAUGGCUACCACAUAACUGCCCAAUUUUAAAUAUGUAGUAAGCAGUAAAACAGAAAUAGCACAUUAGCACAUGAUUAAUUUGUUGAA